AUGGCGGUGUACCUGGUCAAGCAGCAGUCGUCCACCGUACUGUUGCAGAGACUACGGUCCAAAGGCAUCAGGAACCCAGACCACUCCAGAGCACUCAGUAAGGGUCGCCACGACCACACGCUAUUUACACUGUUAGCGCUGUUAGCAUGCUUGGCUAAAUGUAUAUCUAUGGAUCUGGCUGAACGGAUCCAUGACACAAAUUUAGCUAGCUACCUAUUUAGUUAUGACCCGUUUCAACCACGCUAGACGUUUUCUGUAUUGUUAUGGAGCUCUGUACUAUAUUCCAUGGGAAUCGUUGAUAUACAGUAGGUGGUUGUGCAGGUCUUGUAUAGGUUGGUAUGACCCCUGCUGCUUCUUCAUGGUGUACUCUGUCCUCCUGCAGUCAAAGAGAAGCUAACGGCAGAUCCAGACAGUGAAAUCGCCACCACCAGCCUACGCGUGUCGCUGCUCUGUCCGGUAAACACACACACACACACACACACACACACACACACACACACACACACACACACACACACACACACACACACACACACACACACACACAUACACACACAUACACACACACAUACACACACACACACAUACACACACACACACACACACACACACACACACACAUACAUACAUACACACACAUACACAUACACAUACACACACACAUACACAUACACACACACACAUACAUAUACACACACACACACACACACACACACACACACUGUCUUAAUGCCCUUAUUACUCUGCUUUACUGUGUGUGUCCCAACUUGUCUCAAUACCCCUAUCACCGCUUAACUACUAUGUCUGUGUCUUGUGUGUGUUAUGUUCAGUUGGGGAAGAUGCGUCUGAUGAUCCCGUGCCGGGCGCUGACGUGUUCCCACCUGCAGUGUUUUGACGCUACGCUGUACAUCCAGAUGAAUGAGAAGAAACCUACCUGGGUUUGUCCCGUCUGUGAUAAGAAAGCCCCCUACGAACAUCUCAUUAUUGACGGGUGAGACCCACAACCCUGAACCAGCUUUUAGUGUUUCUAUUGCAUACAGCACAUACUGGACCAACAGGGGCUUCAGAAACUAUUCACACUCCUUGAAUUAUUCCACAUUUUGUUGUGUUACAGCCUGAAUUUAAAAUUGAUUUUAAAAAAUUGUCACUGGCCUACACACAAUAAAUACCCCAUAAGGUCAAAGUGGAAGUAUGUGUUUUUUUUUAAACUAAUUAAUAAAAAAUGAAAAGCUGAAAUGUCUUGAGUCAGUAAGUAUUCAACCCCUUUGUUAUGGUAAGCCUAAAUAAGUUCAGGAGUAGAAAUGUGCUUAACAAGUCACAUAAGUUGUAUGGACUCACUCUGUGUGCAAUAAUAGUGUUUAACAUGAAUGACUACCUCAUCUCUGUACACAACACAUACAAUUAUCUGUAAGGUGCCUCAGUCAAGCAGUGAAUUUCAAACACAGAUUCAACCACAAAGACCAGGGAGGUUUUCCAAGGCCUCACAAAGAAGGGCACCUAUAGGUAGAUUUGUAAAAAUAAAUAAAAAAGCAGACAUUGAAUAUCCCUUUGAGCAUGGUAAAGUUAUUAAUUACACUUUAGAUGGUGUAUCAAUACACCCAUUCACUACAAAGAUACAGGCGUCCUUCCUAACUCAGUUGCCGGAGAGGAAGGAAACCUCUCAGGGAUUUCACCAUGAGGCCAAGGGUGACUUUAAAACAGUUACAGAGUUUAAUGGCUGUGAUAGGAGAAAACUGAGGAUGGAUCAACAACAUUGUAGUUACUCCGCAAUACUAACUAACCUAAAUGACAGUGAAAGGAAGGAAUCCUGUACAGAACAAAAAAAUAUUCCAAAACAUGCAUCCUGUUUACAACAAGGCACUAAAGUAAUAAUACAGCAAAUGUGGCAAAGCAAUUAACUUUUUGUCCUGAAUACAAAAGUGUUAUGUUUGGGGCAAAUACAACACAUUACUGACUACCACUCUCCAUAUUUUCAAGCAUAGUGGUGGCUGCAUCAUGUUAUGGGAAUGCUUGUAAUCGUUAAGGACUGGGGAGUGUUUCAGGAUAAAAAAUUAACUUAAUGUAGCUAAGCACAGGCAAAAUCCUAGAGGAAAACCUUGUUCAGUCUGCUUUCCAUCAGACACUGGGAGAUGAAUUCACCUUUCAGCAGGACAAUAACCUAAAACACAAGGCCAAAUAUACACUGGAGUUGCUUACCAAGAAGACAGUGAAUAUUCCUGAGUGGCCUAGUUACAGUUUUGACUUAAAUCUACUUGAAAAUCUAUGGCAAGACUUGAAAAUGGCUGUCUAGCAAUGAUCAACAACCAAUUGACAGAGAUUGAAGAAUGUAGAAAAGAAUAAUGGAAAAUGUUGCACAAUCCAGGUGUGCAAAGCUCUUAAAAGACUUACCCAGAAAGACUCACAGCUGUAAUCACUGCCAAAGGAGCUUCUACAAAGUAUUGAUAUUUCUGUAUUUUGUUUUAAAUAAAUCUGCUACAAUUUCUAAAAACAUGUUUUCACUUUGUCAUUAUGGGGUAUUGUGUGUAGAUGGGUGAGGGGAAAAAAUCUAUGGAAUCCAUUUUGAAUUCAGGCUGUAACACAACAACAUGUGGAAUAAGUCAAGGGGUAUGAAUACUUUCUGAAGGCACUGUAUAUACUGUAUACAUCUGUGUUAUUAUACCGUAUCACAGAAACUUACGGCGGGGUCUGCUCCUACAAUUCUGUGCAGAUAUUCUUCAUUUUAGACUCAAAAGAAGCACGUCAUCCAGGAACAUGCCACUGGCCACUUUAUAUUCAGCUGGGUUUAGUUAGUUAGUUUUAUUUUCUGUGCCCAGUUUCAGACUUUUAUGGUCACGUAAAAUGGCGACGUGUGGAUUCAAAAUGGGUAGCCCAACAAUUCUUUACAUGGCCCCAGUUGCAACCAACUUAUUUUUCUGCACACAUUCAGUAUUCACCCAUAGGGGUGACAUUUUGGGUGAGCAAUUGGCAUUGAGCAAAAUGACAGGAAGUUGAGAAUAGUUCAUUAGCAGCAUGAAUUUGUGCUUUGCUGGGGGGGGUGUUGAGUCAAAGGUUCUGUGGUAUGUGUUCUUCAAAGAUGAAAUGGUAUUGAAUCCAGAUAAUCAGAUCCAAUGAUAGGGCGGGGUUCUGCUAGUUGACACACAGUAUGUACAUAAACAACCUUGUCAGUUCUACUGUAUACAGUUCAAUAAUACUUUAUUCAUUCCUGCAGGAGCUAAAUAAGAUGGCAUUUUCUAUACUAUAGAAUCUGUAGUGUAUAGAUGUAUUCACACACAACAAUUAAACAACAUGAAUAACUCUGUACAUAUAAUGGACUGGAACACAAAAUACAUGCAACACAACAUGAAAACGUUGCGUGUAUAGUAUAUACCUCUAGACUGUUGUUACUGUGUCUCUGUUGUCCAGGUUGUUCAUGGAGAUCCUGAACAGCUGUGUAGACUGUGAUGAGAUUCAGUUUAAGGAGGAUGGCUACUGGGCCCCCAUGAGGACAAAGAAGGAAGUACAGGAGGUCUCGUCAGCCUCCUACAACAACGGAGUGGAAGGUGAGCGAGGCGGUGUGUAAGGGCAGGCUUUUGGUCCAGCCCUGCAGCUUUUAACAUACCUGAUUCCACUAUUCUGCUCAUUGGACAUUGAUUUGUAGAAGAAUGUGUGUUAGAACAGAGCUGGAACAAAAGACUGCAAACCCAGUAUCUCUGGGUUGUGUUAGUUGAUAUUCUCCUGGCUUGUUCUCAUAUCAUUACAAACCCAGUAUCUCUGGGUUGUGUUAGUUGAUAUUCUCCUGGCUUGUUCUCAUAUCAUUACAAACCCAGUAUCUCUGGGUUGUGUCAGUUGAUAUUCUCCUGGCUUGUUCUCAUAUCAUUACAAACCCAGUAUCUCUGGGUUGUGUCAGUUGAUAUUCUCCUGGCUUGUUCUCAUAUCAUUACAAACCCAGUAUCUCUGGGUUGUGUUAGUUGAUAUUCUCCUGGCUUGUUCUCAUAUCAUUACAAACCCAGUAUCUCUGGGUUGUGUUAGUUGAUAUUCUCCUGGCUUGUUCUCAUAUCAUUACAAACCCAGUAUCUCUGGGUUGUGUUAGUUGAUAUUCUCCUGGCUUGUUCUCAUAUCAUUACAAAUCAUUAUUACGUCUCAUGACUAUGCCACUGUACUGCCACUCGCUCUAGGCUGGUGUGGAAAUCACUGUGUAGCAAAAAUCUUUGCAAUAUAAAUACAAUUGAUUGAUUGAUUGAUUGAAGCCAUGUUUCCCGUGUCUCUCUCCCCCAGGCUUGCAUCGGUCAGCGGCAGGGGAGCAGAGGAGCUCGUCGUCCCACAACGGGGGCAGCAGUAGGAUGAAGGUGGAGGUGAUCGACCUAACCCUGGACAGCUCCUCAGAGGACGACGAUGAUGACCAACCGCCCCUCAAGAGGCCCUGCGCCUCCUUGUCCCCCACCUCGCCUCCUAUCGUCAACAAGGGGUGAGGCCCACAUCCUCCAAUACAUGUCUCACCUCACACCUCUCCCCCCUCUCACCUCUCACCCCUCUCACCUCACACCUCUCCCCCCUCUCACCUCUCAACCCUCUCACCUCACACCUCUCCCCCCUCUCACCUCUCCCCCCUCUCACCUCUCUCACCUCACACCUCUCUCACCUCACACCUCUCACCUCACACCUCUCUCAACACUCUCUCACCUCACACCUCUCUCACCUCACACCUCUCAACUCUCUCAACUCUCUCUCCUCGCUCACCUCUCUCUCCACUCUCCACUCUCCUCUCUCCUCUCUCCUCUCUCUCCUCUCUCCUCUCUCCUCUCUCCUCUCACCUCCCUCUCCCCUCUCUCCUCUCACCUCCCUCUCUCCUCUCUCUCUCCCCCUCUCCCCUCUCUCUCUCCCCUCUCCCCUCUCCCCCCUCUCUCUCUCCCCUCUCCCCUCUCUCUCUCUCCCCUCUCCCCUCUUCCUCUUCUCUCUCCCCUCUCCCCUCUCUCCCCUCUCUCUCCUAUCUCCUCUCUCCCUCCUCUCCCUCUCUCCUAUCGUCUCUCCCCCUCUCUCUCUCCCUCUCCCCUCUCCCCUCUCUCUCUCUGCUCUCCUCCCCUCUCUCUCUCUCCCUCUCCUCUCCCCCUCUCUCCCUCUCUCUCCCCUCUCUCCUCUCCUCUCCCCCUCUCUCCCCUCCUCUCCUCUCUCCUCCUCUCCUCUCUCUCCUCUCUCUCUCUCUCCCCCUCCUCCCUUCUCCUCUCUCUUCUCCUCUCUACCCCUCUCCUCUCCCCUCUCUCCCCUCUGCUCUCCUCUCUCUCCCCUCUCCCUCUCCGCUCUACUCUCUCCUCUCUCCUCUCCCCUCUCUCUCUCUCCCUCUCUCCUCUCUCCUCUCCCUUUUCUCCUCUCUCCUCUCCCCUCUCCCCUCUCUCCUCUCUCCUUUCAUUUUCUUCUAAUAUUUAGGUUUUUUGUUUGUUUCUUUACUUCUCUCUAUCUCUGUGCUGUGUGUGUGUGUGUGUGUGUGUGUGUUAAUAUUCUGUCUGUCCCCUGUGUUUGUUUGCAGAGUGUUGAACCUGCACCACCAGGUGUCCCCAGUGAGCCGGACCCCCAGCAUGCCGUCUGUGGACACCAGCUACAUCCCCCCUGUACCUCCCCUCAUCCAGGACUACCGUCCAUACUACCACACCCCCAACGACCUCACAGGUAACACACACAACUACACACACACUACCACAACUACACACACAUACACUACCACAAACACACAUGCACUACCACACACACACACACAACUACACACACACUACCACACACACACACUCACACAUACACUACCACAAACACACAUACACUACCACACACACACACAACUGCACACACACAACUACACACACACACUACCACACACACACACACACUCACACAUACACUACCACACACACACACACACAACCACACACACACAACUACACACGCACUUACACAACUACACACACACUACCACACACAUACACACACACACUCAGACACACACACACACACACACACACACACACACACACUUACACAACCACACACACGCCAACCUUCUACUACUACACACUACCUGGACACAUUUCUUCAGGAGCCUCUUCUGGGUCUGUGGAGACCAGAAUGUCCCUGUAUACAGUAAACAGUAACGUGUCUGGUUGAGUCAGUUGAACUUGUACUGAUCAUGGUCCGUUGUGAAUGAAAUGAAUGACUGAAUGUUGUGUUUCAUCCGUGUUUUAUUCACAGAUCUGAAUUUCUUCUCCUUUCUCCAAGGGGACAAUCAUCAGGUAUGUUUAAUGUGGAACACCCCCUAUAGGCCUCGUUUAAAGGCAACACUAUAACGUCUAAAGACUUACCCAGAACUUGGGUUUGAUCACAAGAUGAAUAUAACUGAAUAUACCUGUUUGUCCUCCUCUGUAGCAUUACAACAUGGUGAUGGCAGCCGCCGCUGCUGCCUCGGCCUCAGACGACCACGAACUCCUGCUCAACCACUUCCGUCCCUACACCACCUCCUCCUCGUCCUCCUCUCAGCUGUUCCUGGACCAGUCUGGGGCGCCCUCCUCCGGCUCGCUGGCGCCCGUCAACGGUGGUGGUGGUGGAGGGAACAGCAGCGGUGGCAGCAGCAGUAGCCUAGUAUCCUCUAGCAGCCUGAGAGACACUCACAGCACGCACUCCACGCCCUCGCAGCCGCACUCCACGCCCUCGCAGCCGCACUCCACGCACUCGCAGCCGCACUCCACGCACUCGCAGCCGCACUCCACGCCCUCGCAGCCGCACUCCACGCCCUCGCAGCCGCACUCCACGCACUCGCAGCCACACUCCACGCCCUCGCAGCCGCACUCCACGCCCUCGCAGCCGCACCCCGGCGUAGGAGGUAGAUCUAGUAGUGAAGUGGUGGCAGCCGCAGCCCUCUACGGCGCCGUCCCCGACGUGAUCUCACUAGACUGA